UUUAUAUUCCUCAUGCCUGUUCCAGGAGCAACAAGGCAGCAGCCAUGGUCCCUUCCCAGACCCUGGUGCAUGCUGCAGUGCUUGCCCUGGCAAUCCUGCAGGCCCUGGCCUCAGACACCUUCAUCGCGGCUGUGUAUGAGCACGCCGUCAUCCUGCCACGCACCGCUCAUGAGGUUUCCCCUGACGAUGCUUUAGCCCUGAUGAACAGAAACAUGGAUGUCCUGGAAGGAGCUAUCAAGGAAGCAGCCCAGCAGGGUGCCCGCAUCAUUGUGACUCCGGAGGACGGCAUUUAUGGUUGGCUUUUCACGCGGGAAGCCAUUUACCCCUACCUGGAGGAUAUUCCUGAUCCAGAGGUGAACUGGAUUCCCUGCACUGAUCCCACAAGAUUUGGUCGAGCACCAGUGCAGGAACGACUGAGCUGCAUGGCCAGGAACAACUCCAUUUAUGUAGUUGCAAAUAUUGGGGACAAGAAGCCGUGUAAUUCCAGUGAUCCCAAGUGCCCCAGUGAUGGUCGCUACCAGUACAACACUGAUGUCGUCUUUGACUCGGAAGGGAAACUGGUGGCUCGUUACCACAAGUACAACCUUUUUAGACAAGAAAAUCAGUUUAAUUACCCCAAAGAGCCAGAAUUAAUCACCUUCAAGACUCCCUUUGGGAAGUUCGGCAUUUUCACUUGCUUUGACAUCCUCUUCCGGGAGCCCGCCGUGGUGCUGGUGAGCGAGCUACAGGUGGACACGGUGCUUUUCCCAACAGCCUGGAUGAACGUCCUGCCCUUUCUGACCGCUGUGGAGUUUCACUCUGCAUGGGCCAUGGGCAUGGGAGUCAAUUUACUGUCAGCAAAUACUCACAACACCCUUGUGUCCAUGACAGGCAGCGGGCUGUUCACGCCCCAUGGGCCGGUCGCAUACUACUACAACAGCAAGACAGAGGAGGGACGUCUCCUGGUAGCUGAGCUGAGCGCACGACCUCGUCUUUCUCCUAACUACCCUGCUGCAGUCAACUGGAGCUCAUUUGCUACAAGUGUCAAGAACUAUUCAGGAGAAAAUAAGACUUUUCCAGGUGCUGUCCGGAGGGAUAUAUUCACUUUCAGUGAACUCAAGCACAGAGCUGGAAAUCAUACAGUCUGCCAAAAAGACCUCUGCUGUCAUUUGACCUACCGGAUGUCAAAUAAAAGUAAAGAUGAAGUUUAUGUACUGGGUGCAUUUGAUGGACUUCAUGGCUCUGUCAUAAAAUACCAUUGGCAGAUAUGCACACUGCUCAAGUGUAGGAGCACAGACCUGAGCACGUGUGGGCAGCCGGCAGAGACCGCACAGACCAAGUUUGACAUGUUCUCCCUCAGUGGCACGUUUGGCACUAACUACGUUUUUCCAGAAGUCUUGUACAGUGGCGUCCAGCUGGCCCCCGGGGAAUUUGAGGUACUGUCUGAUGGACGUCUGCAAAGUAAGAAUGGCACAUCAAAACCACUCUUAACAGUGACGCUUUUUGGAAGGUGUUAUGAAAAGGAUCUGCCUCAUCCCCUGCGAAGCUUCCUGUAAUGUAACUCCCUAAACAUUAAUCAGUCAGCAUAGACAGGAUGAGAAUUUCCCACAGUGAUCCAUAAACUUUUCAUGAUUUGUAGCAGUUAUCCUGUGUCAUUCAUAUCACGCAAUCUUAUACUUCUGCUUAGCAGCUGAGGCAGAUGAGUUUAUUUAGGAGAAAGUAGUGAUCACACUGUUGUGUACAUAAGUCAACAGUACACCACUGUAAUAGUGCUUGAGCCAGUGCAAUUAUUUUUUAUGCUCUGUCAUAUGAAAUCUCUGAUUAGAAAUUUUUAUAUUUUUUGAAGAUGUAAUGUAGGUUGCCAGAAUAAUUCUAGCCGGAAGACUGAUGCUGAGAUGUGUGGAAUGCGAAGUUGACCAGUUUUCUGCAGAACAAAUCUUCCCCAAAGACGCCUCUCUGUCCCAUCUGCCUCUUUCUGUUUUUUAGACUGGAGGAGCACUAAGUGUCUGUGUCCCUCAGCCUUACAUGCCAUUCAGCAAGGCCUUCCUAAUACUCAGUGGGACUUGGACACAUUCUGACCAAGCUAUUAUACGAUGAAACAAAAAACAGAUUUAAAAUAGUUUUAGGUGCAAUCUCCAUGUGGUUUUUCAUGAUUCACACAGACAUUGAGUCUGCUCCAUAAAGGUUCUUCAGUUCUGCAGUCCUGCACUUCUUUGCAUGUGUGGCAUACAUAUGCUAGGUCCAAUGCAUUUCAGAUCAGAUUUACCUUAUAAAUAUAGUAUAUCAAAACAUUCCCCUGGAUAUUUGGAAAAUUUCUUCAAAACUGUGAAUAUGUAGGAAAUAGGCAAUGUUUUAAUAUGUGAGGCAGUGAGGCAGACUUGACUAUGUAGUAUAAGAAAUGUACAUCAUCAGGGGCUUCUAGCAAUGACACGUGAAACUUGGCAGCCUUGGACCUGGCUUGUAUCUACCACAUUCUGCAGCAAACAGGCCUUGUUUGACCACCUAUGCCUUAGAGUGAUAUCUGCCUUAAUGUUAAUCCCACAGUCUGUACUGUCCCACAUGUACUGCUCUUCACAUCCCUGGCAUGCAGCAUGCACCAGGUUUAGCAUGCAGCUGCCCUAAAUACGGCACAUAAACACAUAAGCACUCUUCCCACUUCAAGCUCACCAACAUUCAUUAUCCAAAGUUUUUGUAACCAUAUGAGUUCUGUUUCUUUUGUGCUGUUGCUUCUCAGCACCCAGCUUUGGAGGCUUCUCUGAGGCUUUGUUUCAUCCUGGAAAGAAAACAGCUGAGCUAAUAUCCAGAGGAGGGACCGUGCAACUUGGGAGCAGUUAUUCAAACAUGAAGGGCCUCAACGUUGUGCUUCCUAGUGGCUUGUCCAGCACCUCGCCCUUUUCUUGCCUGACAUGUGGUUGUAACACAGAACAGUCUUUCAUCAAACAAGUCUUGGUUAAGAGAGAUUAUGACUUCCCAGUGGCAGUACUAAUCCUACAUGACCAUUGGUUGUGUGACAGGUAUGGGGUCCAGAAUUUCAAGACAUAGAACGCCAUGCUGAUGAGUGGGAGAUGAUCCCUGCUCCCCAAGCCAGCCUUGUACACUCCAGGGGCCUCUUACCUGGUUUGUAUUGGGCAGCAGUUUUGGAAGGGCAAACAAGAAUAAACAUGCUGGUUUUGAUGGUCUGUGGUGUCAUCCUGUUGGCCAUGUAGGUCUAUUGGUUUUCACUGGAGUCAGCUGUCAGACAUACAGUGAAAAGAAGAGCAGCCAGGAGCAGCAUAUGAAUGUAAUCUGAACUUUGUUUUUCUUGUCACAGUCAAAUAACUUGAUUAAAACCUUGAACCAGUGGUUGGCAUCAAUAGGUUUACUUGUUAAUUCUUGUCCCAUCCUUCCCUCCACACACAAAAAAAGAAGAAUCUGGAGACAUUUUAGAGAACAUCAGUGUCACUCUCAAAACAGUAGGCAGGUUGCUGGUUCUCUAAGUCCUGAGUAUUUCACGCACUUCAAAUGGACACGGAAUUUAUAAAAAUCUUUCUAAAGCUGGAGAGGGAUGCAGUCAGGAUGUUUUGAUUGAACAGAACUGUAGACAUUCAGCUUAUUAUUUAUUACCAGGCUUAUCUUUCUCAUGGCAGGUUAAACUUUAUCCCUUGCUUGGUAAAAUGCUUGUGUUAUCAUCUGAAAUGAGAAAGUAAUGAACAAACCCCUUAGUGGUCCAUUGCGUGGCACCCCCACUACCAGCUUAGUAAGAGGAAGCUGUGCAGCUUGGAAACUACAGGUGAAUUGUUCUCAAAAUUUGACUUUAGUGUCAUUUUCCUUAGUGUCAAUAUUCUUAGCAGUGGUGUCAGUGAGAGUUUAUUCAAGCUCCGGAGCUAGCGUUAAUGAAAUAGGACCCCAUGAAGAUACUUUUAAAUGAAUAUUUUCUUUUUAUUCAAGAGUAGAUUUUAUGCAAAGUGAUAAUUGGGCAUAAAAUCUCACAAAUCAUUUGCUUGCCUUUUUGGAGUAUAGUGUACUUCCCAGAUACAUGCAGAACUGAGUGCCUUAGGCAGUCAGAGUUAGAAAUGCAUAGAAUACAACUGGUAUUGCAGGUUAAAUAGCUUACAGAAAAUCAGGAAAAGACUUAGAAGUAGAAUUGUGCAGAAGCACAGGAUUCUUUGAAAAUGACACUAAAAUCAAAUUUUAAGAACAGUUCAUUACUGCAAGACUGUAAAUGAAAUACUCUGUUGCUCAGAAAUUUUCAUGGCAGCAGUAAAUUUGCCCUAGAAGUAAGUACAAUACAAGAAAUUAUAUUACAUUAUCUUAACUUUUUCUCUCCAUCUUCAUUUGCUGCUUCCAACAUUAAUGUCAGUUUUGUUGAUCUCAUAGUCUAGUAUCUGUGAUGGCAUAAGGAUGCAGGAACAACAACAUGUUUGGAAAGCAUUUACUAUCUUUUAGUAUUAGAAAAAAAUAGGAUAUUUGACUGCAUAGCUCCAGCUGGCUGCCAAACAUAGCAGAUUUAAGAGAUGAUCCUUAAUGUCAGCUGAUGACUUUUGUGAUGGAAAUAUUCGAACAUUUACUUCAUCUACUAAAUGAGCAUUAGGAUUACAAGACAUGCUUGAAUUUGCCAAAGUCAAGUUUAUAGAAACAAUAAAGCCUGUUUUUAUAGGUUGAUUAUUUGUUUAGCUUCAACUCACCUUACUGUGUUUUCCAACCAUUUGAAGUUGCUUUUUGGACACUGAAAAAGGGCCAUUGAGCUUAAGUUUCGCUGUUCUUUAAGAGUGGUUAGAAGGCAAAGAUUAGCUGUGAGAGACUGAAUGCUUAUCUUUUACAGUGUGUGUCAUGGUUUUAUGAUUUUCAGUUAUUGGUAUUCCACAUCAUAACAUCAUGUAGUGUAUGUACCUGGUUCUCAGAGGAGAAGGACUACUACAUUCCCAAGUGUGCUAUAUUUUUUUUCCGAAGACCAUACUGAAGUAAUCUGAUAUUAUGCAUACUGAAUUUUAUGACAAAAUAAAUUAAUUGGAAGAAAGGGAAGCUACCAAAUAGGAUUGACAAUAAAAUAUUUGCCUGUAAAUGUAAUUCUCAUCUAAAAAUAAUCAGGAAACAUAAAAAAUAAGGAUAGACAUUUCAUCGUAUAGACUGCAGUAGCUUUCAAAUACCACUGAAAUUUGUAUUUCAGCAAGGAAAAUCAUUAAGAACAGGAGUAGCUGCUUUCCAUGAAAAUUGUAUUGACUUUUUGAGAAAAUAAAACAAUUAAUGAGGAGAUAAAGCUUGACAAGGAGCUGGAUUCAUGUUUUGCAAGAGGAAUAUUAUGUGCUAAGACAUGCGGUUCAUUUCUGGUGUUCAAACUGUUAUUCUACCAAUUGUUUAGACCCUGUGGAAAGUAAAAUGGAAAGUAAUAUUUGUUGAACAAAAAGAAUAGAGUGAACUUUAGGCCUACGUCCUUGGUAUUUUACUUAGAUAUUUUUUAGGAUACACUCUCCAGUCCUUGUUAGAGACCAUCCUAAGUUUUCCAUAUAGCGUCUGCAUUAGCUAAGUGCUGUUAUCUAACACCUCUCUCUUCUGCUUUCAGUUCGUCUCCACUAAGAGCCAAAUGUCUUAAACUAAUGCACUUUUCACUGAGGUCUGGUAAGGACAAAUGGGGAUAUUGAGGUUACUAUAUUACUACUAAAAUCAAUGUUGGUACAUCAGUUUGCAUCUGCUGAUUGUGCACCUGCAGAGACAGAGACUUCCUACAUUUAAUUUUGAAUUCAGAUAGUUAAGCUCUUUUUUCGUUUCAGUGCACCCUGCAAGAUAACCCUCACAUCGCUUGACUUGGCCUGGCCAGGGUUGGAGGACCUGGUCUCUGCCUGGGACAAUUCCUAUAAAUAAUGGUUCAUAAAGCUCCAUAUCGUUCAAGAAGCGUUUGGACACCUCUCUCAGACACAGGGUUUGAAUUUUGGGUGAUUCUGUGUGGAGCCGGACUUGGACUCAAUGAUCCUUGUGUGUCUUUUCCUACUCAGAAUAUUCUGUGAUUUCAAUAUGUGAAAGCACUUUAUAAUUCAUUCAUGUAAACUUACUGUUUGAAAAAAUAUUUGUGUUUGUCCAAGCAGAAGUCAAACAUAUCUGACACUGUGAUAUAAAACGGAAGAGCAAGCUGUUAAAGUAUGGCCAUUAAUGGACAAUGAUGUACUUCCUGGUAGCUAGACUGAAAGAUAAAAAGCUUUGGCAGGUGUAGAUAAAAGUAAGUGUGUGGUGCCUUUUGUAACAGAUGUCAUUUAGCUGUACCUUGUGAGUAUCAGAUGGCUUUAUUUAUAAGAACUAGAGUUAUAAAAGAAAUAAAAAGCUUAAGUCUGAUCAUUUAUAUUGCUAAGCAA